CUUUAGGAUUAGGAAGAACGAUUUCCUCCAGUAGCUAUGAUCCUGCCCGUUUCGGGAGUCCCGCAGCAGAAAAAAAAAAAACCAUAGACUUAACAAAGCCUUUUUUUUUUAAAAAAAAAAAAAAAAUUUAUUUCUCCUCCUCUGGAUAAGCAAUUUGAGGAAGAAAAGGAACACACGAGGCUGGAGCCCGAUAUUAUUUCUUUGGGGCUUGAAAUUUUCUCACAAUCCCAUCCCUGUCCAGUGCACCCUCCAGUUACACUUCUCUUCUCUUCCUUGUCUCUCACUCUCUUCAGCCGUAGUGGUAGGCCGGUAGCGUCAACAGAAGAAGACAGAGAUGCAGGUGUUGGGUUGGGUUCGGAGUUUGCACAAAGAGGGAAAAAGAAUUGAAAUUAGUUCAGUUGCGUGCUGUGUUAUGUUGUGGUGCCUUUUCCUAACAUCACACCUUGCCGCAGCUUAAAAAGUUUCUUGUUUUUCAAUCUAGUGGUCUACCAUUUCUCUAUUGUUCCAGUUGGGGGAUUUCACUUCGCAUAGUCCAAAGCACAAAUUCCUUUUUCUCAUUUCAACUUGGCAAUACUUUGGUCAGUUGUUGCAGAACACGCUAGCUCAGCUUGAUCGAACCCAGGUAUAAUGGUUGCAUGCCUUUCAUGCACUUCUGAUGCUCUUCCCAAAAGAAACCCACUCCCAAGCUCUAGAAUACACUUUGGUUCGCAGGAAGCUUUCAUCUCCCUCCAAAAGUGCACCACUUUCAAACAGCUCAAGCAAAUCCAUGCAAAGAUAGUUCGCCAUGGACUAUCUCAUGAUCAAUUACUUACUAGGAGGCUGCUUCACCUUUGCUCUUCUCACGGAAAAAUGGACUAUGCCACUCUUUUAUUCCAUCAAAUUAAGGGUCCUCUCACCUUUACUUGGAACGUAAUGAUUAGAGCCUAUACCUUCAAUGGCUGCGCACAACAAGCGCUUCUUCUGUUUAACCUUAUGAUAUCCCAAGGCUUUCCACCCGAUAAGUACACCUUUCCAUUUGUUGUCAAAGCUUGCAGCACUACUUCCGUAAUUGGUCCAGGAAAAGUGAUUCAUGGGCUAGCUAUCAAAACUGGUAGUUUAGGAGAUAUGUUUGCGCUAAACACUUUGAUGGAUCUUUACUUCAAGUGUGGAAAUGUAGAAUAUGGGUGUAAGAUUUUUGAAAAAAUGCGUGUCCGCAAUGUGGUUUCAUGGACUACCAUGGUUUCUGGCCUUGUUGCUUGUGGUGAAGUAAAUGCUGCUAGAGGACUUUUUGAGCAAAUGCCGACAAAAAAUGUUGUUUCAUGGACAGCAAUGAUUAAUGGGUAUGUUAGAAAUCGACCUGAAGAAGCAUUUGAACUUUUCUGGAGAAUGCAGCUUGAUAAUGUGAGGCCCAAUGAAUUUACACUGAUUAGCUUGUUGAAAGCUUGCACUGAGAUCGGGAGCCUCAAGAUGGGUAGAUGGAUUCAUGACUUUGCUCUCAAGAAUGGGUUCAAACUUGGGAUUUUCCUUGGGACUGCUCUUAUCGACAUGUAUAGCAAAUGCGGUAAUUUAGAGGAUGCAAGGAGGGUGUUUGAUGAGAUGCAAAUCAAGAGUUUGGUUACUUGGAAUUCUAUGAUCACUAGCUUGGGUGUGCAUGGGCGUGGACAUGAAGCCAUUGGUCUUUUUGCAGAGAUGGAGAGGGCGAAUGUACGGCCAGAUGCUAUCACUUUUGUAGGUGUUCUAUGUGCUUGUGUACAAACAGAGAACCUGGAAGAGGCUCAGAGAUACUUCAAAUGUAUGGUUGAGCACUAUGGUAUCACGCCUGUUCUAGAACAUUUAACGUGUAUGAUUGAAUUAUAUAGUCGAGCUGAUAUGUUAGAUGAGGUGUGCGAAUUAGUAAACGCCAUGCCAGCGGAGCCAAAGGACAAUAUACUGUCUGCAUUGUUGCGGGAAAGUAAGGUUUAUGGUAUUGCUAAUAUGGAAAUUUUUUUACAGAGGCAUGCUGGGAAGUUAGAUUGUUAGAAUAUUGCGAUACGUGCCCUUCCCCCCUAUACAUCGGCUUCGGAUUUUCAAGUGGGAGUCCUUGUGCCUAGACAAAUAAAUUGUUUCUGUUUACAAAAAGGCCGAGCUUCAUGCCAAGAUGCUAUAAUGAAUAUAAUCAUGAUGAUAAUGAUGACAAUGAGAAACGUGAAUUUCUUCCUUGGUAAAACGAAAGAGGAGAAUUUACAAUUGUUAUAUUAUUUUCCAUAUUAGAAUAUUUUUAAUGUUAGGCUAUCGUUCAUCUUUAAGCCUUGUUUUAGUUUCCUUUUAGGCCCAUCAUAAAUUUCCUACCUUAUUUAGCCUACAUUGCCUUAGCUUCUCUAUAAAUACCAUACAUUGUAAAACAAUUUAUAUAGUUUUAUACAAUAAAGAUGUAGCCCAAAAGGCACUUCACAGUGGUGGAUGUAGGCCUCCAAGGUCGAAUCACUCCAAAAUUCA